AGAGCAGGUGCUGCCCGGCGGCUGUAGUGUCCGGUCCUGUCUGGCGGGCGGCCCUCAGUCACACCGGCUGACCGUGCGGUUUUCCGCUAGAAGGAAUCUGAAAUACUAGAAACUUCCAGUUCAUCCAGUUUUCUCUUCUUCUGAAUGACCCACCAAGAAUGGACCCGAAGGAGAUCAGCAGAAGAAUAUUGGACUUCACCUUGGAGAUCAUCUACCUAUUGAGCGGAGAGGAUUACACAGUAGUGAAGAAGACCUCAGUGGACUGUGUCCAUGAUUCGGGAGGAUUGCCCUCUCAACCCCUCAUACAUGAGCAGAAGAUCCUAGAACUCGCCCACAAGAUCACUGAGCUGCUGACUGGAGAGGUCCAUGUAAGGUGUCAGGAUGUCGCUGUCUAUUUCUCCUUGGAGGAGUGGGAGUAUAUAGAAGGACACAAGGAUCUGUAUAAGGAUGGCCUGAUGGAGGACCAGCGGCCCCUCGCAUCACCAGUGACAGAAGCCACAGUUGUAUGUGAGCCCAUCUGUCAGGCUGGUAUAUUAGACUAG